AUGAACGAGCCAAACAAAGCUAGGAUUUCUCCUCGUGUGCGUGUCGUGCAAACUUUGUGUAGGAACAAGAGCCCAUAUUCCAACUUUCCUUGUCAAACACAAGUCCUCAACUCAACUCCAACGCCAUUUCGCAGCUACCUUAGCAAGAAUGAAGCUCCUGACCAACUUUGUGGUUGCCGCCACUAUAGCCGUCCGCUCCAUCAAAGCCGAUCCCCGUUGCUCGGGCAUCUAUUACAGUUGGUGCGCCACGAAAUUUUCACCUUACCGUUGGUGCGAGAAGACAUGAAGCAAAUAUCAUUGUACUUCAAAAAGAUCAUCACGGAUUAUAUCGUGGGGGGGCAAAACAACGAAAUCAAUGCUACUGAGGUAGCAGGUGAGGCUGGUCUUCAUAUCGCGGCAAGUGUGUAUUUUAACGCCUUAACAAUCGACGAAAUUGACAAGGAAAUCCAGGGCGUGUGCGACGGCUACGCUCGAUACCCCAACGCUCUCGAAAUAGUCUUUGUUGGCAACGGUAAUCUUUAUAACGGAAAAAACGUCCAAUUCACGGCUGAAAAGCUAGUGUGCUGCAUUCAACGCAUCCGGGAUUGCGUGGGCGAAAAAAUGCUGAUCGGAUCGACGCAGCAUAUCGAGGAUUGGAAUCUUGAAGCCGGUAAGACUUUGGCGGCUGCGUGCAACAUUACAGGUGUCAAAAUAUAUCCAGUAGCCAUAAAUGGCACGGCAAAGCCAAUUGACAAGCUUAAGACAACUUAUAGGGAGUACAGUGCCAUACUAAGCAACUCAAGCAAGAUCUGCCUCACGGGUACUGGCUAUCCGAAUGCCGCCCGCAUCAAUUGCAGUUACUUUAGGGGGAUGUACGAUAAAAUGAUCAACAACCCCAUGGAUCCGGACCGCGAUCUUAUGGACUUGAGUAAAAACUGGAAUAUUGAUUUGGCUACUGAAUUAGAAGAUUAUAUGGACAAAUUAGAGCAUGUAAACAUUACAUUUGAUCCAAAUGAUUGUGUAAAGAUUACUGAAGAAGGACAUCAAGUUGGUCGGAUGAAUUUUGCGGAGGCAGCACUUUUGAUUCAGGGAACAAGCGUCAUCUAUAGCCGAAAAGUCGAGUAUUUACAUGCGCUUGUUUAUCAGACACUGGCACAUAUGUCGAGACAAGAGGACGAUAAAGGACCAAACAAACAAAAUAGAGAGACAGGAGAAGAAGAGAAGGAGGGGAGUGAUAGAGAUAAUGAAGGAGGAGGAAGGAGCGUCUUUAAUAACCCCUUACCACUUUAUGAUGAGUUAGAAGAAGCCAAGACGUCGUCCAUUAGCCUGAAAAAAGCAGAAGAGAACGAGGAAAACACGCAGAUCGAUAGAAAUUGGAGGAGAACAGAGGCCAAAGCACUGAACAGAAGCAAAAACAAUAUUCAGGCAUCGAUUGCGUUGAUGGGAUUGUUGGUGCCGGACGAACGGGACCAUGGAGAAACGUUCAAGUUGCUAUCGUGCAAUUUGCAUGCAAGCGGUGCGUUGCUACUAGAUGAAACAAGCAAGAAAUAUCUUAAGUUACAAGAGAGAGCAGUAGUGCAUGCAUUUGGUGAAACACCUGGAAGACAUGAAGAUAUGUGGGUGGCUGUAAAUGGAGACAAUCCAGCGCCUACACUAACUUUUGACGAUAUGGAUGCGAGCGAUGAUGACGACAGAUGUGAUAAUGCUACUGAUGAUCACGCGGACUAUGAGUAUGAUGCUGGUACAGCACUGCACAGCGCUCGUAUGGAUGAUGCUGCUGCAGAUAAGGCACAGCAGAAGGGAGCAGUUGCUGGUGAGCUGUCUUUCCUUACGGCGCAAGCGAUAAACACACUGUCAGCGGGUCCGGAGGACUUGUGGGCGCCACUGGAUGCGUAUGAUGCUAGCACAUCAGUGGCGCUCCCAUUCAAGAAGGGACGAUCAUAUCCACGUGUACCGGUGUACAAGAAAAGGAAAGCAGACCUCGUGGCUUUAAACAACAAGGAAGGUGUCGUGGGCGUGGAUGAUGAUGCAGUGCAGGAUGGUCUGUCCGACCCAGCAUUCCUAGACCGCUUCUUUAUGGGAUCGAACGGACUGCAAUGGGCAUCGUGGGUCUGGACAGAGACAACAGAUGAUUAUUCUUUGGAGAAGGCAUGCAAGCGCACAUUCUGUCGAGCUCCAGUUUUGCUUAAAACGUGCGAUGUGCUUUGGCAGCGUGAGGCGAAAUGGCGUAGUAUCAUGCGUCGUUCCGACGCUCGCGAGAAACAGAGCGCCGAAGCCAUGCUACUGCGUGAGCAGGCUACGGAGGAGGAGGCAAGUGGAAGCGAUCACUUGCAGGCAUUGACACUAUCUACCGCUACAGCACGCUUAGACAUGGUUUUUCGGAACGAUGUAAAUGGCAGAAACGAUAAGAACGAGGAAAACGGGAGCGAAAGCGAUUAUGACGAUGGAUUUGAUGAUGGUGACUGGGAGCAAGGAAACGACACGAACGCUUUGACCGGGUUGAAUGAGACUGUUGCUGCGGUUGCUAAAACUUCUGAUGAACCGUUUACGUACGAUGAGAUCUGUAGACAGCACUUGGCGUCGUUCAUGUCUGGUACUGAGAAAUACGUCCGAGAGACAGACCUGAGCAAGCAAGUUAGCGAGUGGCAGGAGAAAUUAACACCAUUGCUGAAGCAGCAGGACGCUCGACUCCCUUUCGAUAUUCACCACUACGGUCGUGAAAUUAUUGAGCACUUGGAGGAGGAACACAAGAGCACGAUCUUUCACAAGCACGGUAAAUCCAUCAAGCGCAAAACGAACAAACGCGCUAGGUUAAAUCCAGGUUUAGAAGAUGAAGAGGAGAAGGAUAUUAAAGUGCUUUUCGAGACUUUGGUGGAUGGCAAGAGCCAAUUUGAGGUGUGCCGCGUCUUUCUGGCUACACUACAGCUUGCAAACAGCGGUAAUGUGUCACUUUUGCACGCACAUACGGCUGUAGAGCACGAACAGGUACCAUUCGAGAUAAAGUUACUUACUAGUGCCAACACUUACGAAGCCUUGCAAUCGUGA